UCGGAGCCGGCGUAUAGCGUAAACCGCAGAGAACACUUUCGGCGUUUCACGAUAUCAAAAUAGUAUACUAUCGUUUUCCAGCCGGUCGCGUAAUCGGUUCUGCCUAGCAAACUCAGUCCGAACCGGUCGCACGCGACUGUUAUCGUAACACGUAACUUUUGUCGUAAAAUAAUUUCGUUAACACGCGACCGUUUGCUGACAGUCGACGAACGAGUAGAAUCGCCGGCGCGAUGAACAACUAGCGAUAAGCACUAUUAUUCGCGUCCAAGGUAGUACCGACCCUGAAAAAUUCAUAUUAUGUGACCAUAUUACCUCUGCUAAAUACGCGGUUCGUCAAAUCUAUUUUCAAGAUCUUCUCCUUGACCGUGUACAUAUUUUGCAGAAACUAUGGUACAGCGGCAGCAAAAGUGCGUGGAAGUGCUCGAAAGCUGUAGCUCGACCGUCAUCCGUUGUUUUCGGUUCGCAUCUGUAUCGUCGCCGUAGUAGUACAAUGAUAGCCCGAGCGUACGUGACCGUAUGGAUCGUGGCGUGGGCGUCCUGUCCGACGGCCACCAUCGUCGAUGCCAAGGUGACGAAAUGCUGUCCAAGGGACAUGAUACUGGCCAUCGACACGUUCUCGUGCACGGGCUUCGUGGCGGACGACAAGGACCAGCACGAGUCGUACGCUUGGUCGUCGGACGACGAUUCGGCCGCGGCCACCGCACCAGCAGACUUUGCGUUCUCCAUCUCCAACUCGAUUCCCUGGUGGAUACCGCCGUACAUGGAGUUCCUGCAGUCUGCGAACCUGUCGGAGAAGUUCGAUCCGGACGGCCGGAUGUUCGACAUGGACGGCCGCAUGCCGUGCGACAUGGGCGCCCGGGAGAUGACCGUCAUCGACGACGACGUGGCGGUGCUGGACGACGGGCGGCUGGUCAUGUUCGGGCAGGAAACCCGGUCGUCCGGCGUUUACGGGCGGCUGACGUUCUCCAGCGCCGAGUACUGCAUCGACCGCGUGUCGCUGGUGGACGGCGUCACGGUGAACGGCAACGGGCGUGCGCAGCACAAUAAGGCGGCCGCCACGACGACCACGACCAGCACGACCCCGGCCGCCGUCAACUACGGAACGCCGGCCCGGUACACGUACGUGGCGCUGGUGUGCCAGCCGUGCUCGAGGAUGACGUGCGUGCCGAAGUGCUGCGGCAAGGGACUCAUGCUCGCGUACCAGCACAACAAGAGCGGCGUCAUCGGGUGCGGCAAAGUGCAGUCCGUGGUCAACGCCACCGCCGCCAUACACAUGAAACUCGCCAACGGCACGGAACUGCGGCGCAAGGACCUCUAUUUCUACGGCCUGAAGCCGCCGAACUGCGGUCCCCGUGGCUGGUACCUGCUCGGCGGGGACAUGAAAAAUACCGGCGUCGCGGCCACGAAAAGGGUGCAGGCGACUUACGGCCUGCUGCCGGACGGCCGCGUGCUGGUGGACGGCGGCCUGUUGCCCAUCGAGCGCGACGACUACUGCGUGGACGCGAUGCAGGCCGAGACGAACACUACGUACACGGGCGUGAUGCUCGCCUGCCGACUGGCCGCCGGCGUGGCGGACGCCGCCGGCCCGCUGAAGUUCCGGCAGAUACUGUACGGCGCCUACUUCGUGGUCGGCACGAUUUUCCUGGCCGCCACGCUGCUCAUAUACGCCGUGCUGCCCGAGCUUCGCGUCACCGUCCACUCGGGCAACCUGAUCGCGCACACCGUCUGCCUGUUCGUGUCGUACGCCACGCUGGCGGCCACCACGCUCGUCCGGCAAUUGUUCAACAAUUGCGCCUGCGUCAUUGCCGGUUUUGUCAUACAAUUUUCAUUUCUUGCAGCAUUUUUCUGGCUCAACGUUAUGUGUGCGGACAUUGCGUGGACAUUUAGCGGAUUCAGACUACUUUUGUCCUCAAAUAAAAUUGAAAACGAGAAGAAAAAAUAUGUCAUUUAUUCAGCUUAUGCGUGGGGCUGUAGCAUCGGAAUCACAAUACUAACAGCUAUGGCCGAAUUCACUAAAUUAUUCGGUGAUAGUAGUUAUAAACCAAAUUUUGGCAACUAUGAUUGUUGGUUUUCUAAUAAAUUAUCAGUUGGUGUAUUCUUUUAUUUGCCCAUUGGGUUACUUCUAUCAACCAAUUUCAUACUGUUCUUAUUCACUGCUUUUAGAAUUGUAUUCAUCCGAAGGGGUACGUCAAAAGUAUUGAAUCGUCAAAAUAAUCACAAUGAUAUGAGGUUGUCGCUGUACUUAAAGCUGUUCUGCCUGAUGGGCGUGACUUUCGUUUUCGAAGUGAUCUCGUGGGCGGUGGAGGCGCCCGCUUACUACUGGUACGCGACGGACGCGAUCAACUCGCUCCGCGGCGUGUUCGUGUUCUUCAUAUUCUGCUGGAAGCGGUCGGUGCUAAACCUGCUGCUGGCCCGGGCGCCCGAACCGGCCCGCGAACGGUUUGUCCGCGCGUUCGGCGUCCGCGAACCGCACAGGUACCCGAGUUUCUCGUCGUCGUGCCAGCCCAACACCUUCGGUACCGCCGCCAACGCCAGCACGCGGACCCACAGCGGCGGCGCGACGUCCGCGCGCACGACGGCCAGCGGGUUGCAGCUGUCGCAGUUCGGCAGUUCGGCGUCCGUCGCGGCGACGGCGGCGGCCGCCAGGAGGAAUUCGUCCGGACGACCGUGACGGCACGACCGCCAACUAUAUGACUUUUAUAGAUAGUAUUAUUAUUAUUAUAGAGAUGACUCGUCGACACGAAACGAUUUGCGGGCGGAGGGAGUUGGUUUGUUGGGGGGGGGGAACGUGUCCCAUCCACACACGGAUGGAACGUAUACAAUAUACAUCGUAUUCGUGGACGGGGUCGAAGAGCGUAUAAUAUUAUAAUAUUAUAAAUGUAUUAUAUACCUACUAGUUACCACCAUGCACAAAACGGUCGCGUACGAUCGAAGUUGUCGUAUCAUCACCACUGCAGAUAUAACAAUAUCACACACUGCGAUAAUACUAAUAUUACAGAGCUAUAACUUAAAAACACAAUAUCAUGACAAAUUAUAGUUAGAUUAUACAUUAUAAUAUUACAACGAUAAUGAAAAAAGAAAUAAUAAUAAAAUCAAUCGAAUUCGACAUUUUUAGCAGACGGCGGGUUGAUUAAAUGUUUUAUUCGUCAUAAACCGCAUUAUAUACGACCAUAAUCGUAACUAGUAGACUUCAUAUUCGAUCAAAAUACCUAUUAUACCGUGUAGUAUCAGUGGCGACUCGUAGAGUUGGCGUAAGGGGGUACACAAACAUUUUUGAGAUAUGUAAUUUGUCCAUAAAACUGUUUUACGCACUUAUCAAAACUAAUGUACUAAAUAAUGCACAACAACAAAUCGUUAACAGGUACACCAUUUUUCGUCAUUACCAAUAGCAGCAACAACCUUUUUUUUUUUUUAAAUCGUUUUCAAAAUGCCAACUAUGUUGUGCAUAGUAACUAGUUAUAGUUUUACUACAAAUAUAAAUAUAUAUAUAUAUAUUAUACUUUUUUGGAGUCUUUACGCACAUCAGAGCACUGUGUAACACGAGCCGCCACUGCGUUUAUAUCAAUUGAAGAGUUGUCUUAUUAGUGUAUAUAUAUAUGCUAUCUAUGGUACGAUGGUAGAGUUAAGUUGCAUGAGCUAAGAUAUAUUAUGUGUAUAGCAUUAGCCGUGUGCUCGUGUAGCUAAAAAGUGAAAUCCAUCAGUAGAAUCUCGCAUGUAAAUACUUUUAGAUUUAGGGAAACGUUAUUAAUCGUGGUCACGAGCCCUCUAUUAUCUUAGUUUGUGGCCACUGAUCAGAGGGCGAUUGGACUUUGCGCCGCUGCAGGUAGUCAAAAAUAGUGUUUGUAAAUUUUAACAUUACAGGUAGUCGAAAACUGUGUUUGCAAUUUGAAACGAGUUUUUAUGUAUUCAACAGUUUCGUUGGUAUUCACGUUGACGUCGAGAUUCGACGAAUAAGUUAGUGAAAUAGUCACUCAAAAUAUAUUCUGUGUUCUUAGCCUUUCUUUUUUCAUAUCUUCUAUUCUAAUACUGAAACAUGUGAGUACUAUAAACGUAUAAAAUAUUUAAUUUUUGGUGUAAGUCGCAAUUCAUCAUAGUUUCAAUACCUGAGACGAUGCAUAUUACAAACGAAUGUUGAUAGAAAGUACCUACGUAAUAUAUUAUGUUGUAUAUAUUUCGGAUUAAUUUUAGUGAAAAUCGAUUACAGUCCUAACCUAUCGGUAUAGGUCAGAUAGGAGGGCGGUACGUUAGACGCGAUAAGGGUCGAAGAAACAGGUCUACAACCGCCACCGCCCAUCGCAUAAGAAAUUUAUGGUAUACACUAUACGGCUUGCAACGAUUAUUCCACAGUAUAAUGUAACAUUUAAUUUAUAUCUACAAUAAUCUGACCCUAGAAGCCAAUUAUAUUCUAUACGCAUACCCCAGUCACCAGACCCUGCAGGUCGUAUAUUAUACAAAUACAUAAUUAAAUGAAAUAGCUAUCUUAUGUUACUUAUUUUUUUCUGUAAAAUGCGAAAGAAAUCAUUUUUUCUCUCUUCAGCCCCGAUUCACGUGCGUAUUUAACCGCCCGUCGGGUGGGUCCGCCCGCUCCGCACUUCAUACCCUCUGAACCGGACCCUCAUCGACUGUCGCCUGUACCAUUACACGAUGUCUCCGGUCGGUCGGGGCAUUAAAAUAAAAUAUUUAAUAUCUACUGCGUCUUAUUUAAUACGAUAAUUGUAUACAAUGCGCUUUUCAAACAUUUCCUUGUAUUGUCGAUUUAUUGUUAUUUUUGUUCAAGUAGGUUUCUAAAUAUUCUACACGAUACGGUCGACCCAACCAAUUUCGAAGAUCUGCACGUAGUUCAUGAACCGGUACGACCCAUGUCGACGAUUUGUAUGACUUGUGUGCGUAUGGUGCUAUUCAUAUACUUUUUUCAUGUAUUGAUUUAUUAUUAUUCUGUAUAAAAGGACUUUUUUUUUUUUUUGAAAAUCUUUAAAACACGAUUUCUGAACACCAUUAAAAUGACCACCCCUGCUACAUCGUAAAUAUUUUACACUUGACAACGGUAAGACGUGUUCCAGGCAUGAAUCGUUUGUAUUGUGUGUUAUUGUAACAACACUUGUUGAUCAAUUCUCUUUUUCAUUUAUUGUGACCUAAAGGCACGUAUUAUAAACACCCUCAAUAUAUUUUAUAAAAUAGAUGUUUUGUUUGGCCACCCUCUACGGGGACACAUGUUGCCCACAUCAGCAUGAUGCAAUACGUAGCAACUAUUUCAUCAUCUUCUGAUUUUUUUUUUCUACGUUUUAUAAAUAUAAUUCUAAUUCUACCAUAUACAUUUUAAGGCAUAAACUCGAUUUUCAAAUUAAAUAUAUAACUUACGUGCGUUAUGUUAAGGUGAUAUAUGAUAUUUCUUUUAAAUGUUUCCUCUGCAGUAUGUCAGCGUUGAAAUGACUAGAACACUAAGUUACAGGGAAAUCAAAAUAUAUUGGAAAUUUCAAUCAUUUUUGAAGUCCUGCUCCGCUUCACUAGAAUAGGUUAAAUCAUUCAUAACGAGAAAUCGACAUUGCAGAUGAAUCCAUUGGCAUUUUUCAUGUCACUAAUUAUAUGGAAAUACAAUGUUUUUUUUUAUCAGUAAAAAUCAAAUUUUUAUAAAGUUUUACGGACGAUGAAAUAAGGAGAUAUUAUCAUAUUAUACAUUUCGAAAAUAUGUACCUACAUUUGUUUACGUAAUAUACGUAAUUUAUCGAUAUUUAAAACUAUCCGAAAAUGCACCAGGACAAUUAUUAUCAUAUGAAUAUUGAAUAUUAAGUAUAUUAUAGGAAGCCUCAAAUAACGAUAUUCCCACGUCAAGAAUGUCCAUUAUCUGUAUACACAUAUCUAAUGAUUCAUUAUCAACGUCAAUAGGUUAUGAUUAUUGUUGAAAAAAAAAACAGUAAAAUAAAUUACUGAACCGUAGUAAUAUAAAAACUAAUGGGAUAUACUUGUAUAUGAUCUGACAACAGGAUAAUGAAAGAAUCUCAUUGAUUUUUUUCUCCUAUUAUCGCAUAUGAUUAUAAAUGUCAGAGACUUGUCAUGUGGUUCGACCCUCGUUAUUGGAGAAGUACCUCAUCAGAUACAAUUGUAAUUGUUAUUCUCGGAAUACCAGAUUAUCAGUCGCAUAUAGAAUUUACUUAUUGUGUAUGGCUAAACGAAUAUUACAUUAUGUCUAUACCGAAUUGAGUCAGUUUUACCGCUUAGUUCUGUCUCCCGCGUGACCAAUCGUCACCACAAAAAAAGUUUCAUUUUAUAAUAAUACGAAUAAAAUAGAUAAUACGUUAUGGUUAUACCUUCAUAUAGGUACAUAACUACUUCUGUAAAUUAUUAUAAUAAAUAAU